CCUUCAACCCCAGGCGACCGGCGGCCGGCGGCGGAGCGUGUGCUGGGCAGCUCCGAGGGCGGAGCGCCGCGGCCUACGGUGCGGGCGUGCAAAGGCGCGGGGCAAGGACGCGAGUGCGAGACGAGGUGGAAGCGUGCGGCGCGGGCACUGCGGCGGGGUACUCGCCAAAACUACUCGGGCAGGUCUUGCGGCGUCGCGGCCGCGCGGACGUAGCGGCGGUGGCUGGUGCAGUGGUUCCCGUGCUUCUCGUGAGCAGGCCUGCCCUUUGGGGUCCGGCGCGAUCACGAAAAUCAAGAAGGUUGCACGAAAAUCCUGUUUGGCCCGGUUGAUCCUGCGCAUGCAACUUGGCAUCCAUCAGAUUUUACGGCAUAGAGCUGCUGUCAUGGCCGUCGCCUUGGACGUCCACUCCUGCAUCCAGCUCCUCCGCUCGUGCAGCGCCGCCGCCGGCCGGCAGCUCCACCAGCUCCUCCUCAAGUCCGGCCACGUCCCCUCCUCCCUCCCGCCCACCAACUCCGUCCUCCUCAUGUACGCGCGCAGCUCCCCAUUCCACUCCCGCGACGCGCACCUCCUCUUCGACGAAAUGCCCACGAGGAACUGCUUCUCCUACCACUCCCUCAUCACCGCCCUCUUUAAAUCGGGAGACCUCCACGGGGCUCUCCGUGUGUUCCGCUCCAUGCCCGACAGGAACACCUUCUCCUGGAACGCGGUGAUUACCGGCUUCACCGCGGCUGGGGAUCUUGACACGGCCCGUAACCUGCUGGACGAGAUGCCCGUGAAGGACGCCGUGGCAUGCCACGCUGUCUUGCACAAAUAUGUCCGGUGUGGCCGGGUGGACGAGGCAUUUGCUUUAAUCAAGAGGAUUGGUCCCCGGUGCAAUGCUGAAAUGAUCUCCUCACCCUGGAAUGACCCCUUCGUUCUUACUACAGUUGUUGGCGCUUGUGCUGACCGGGUGAAGUAUGAUUUUGGGAGGCAAGCUCAUGCUCGAAUGGUGGUUGCCAAGAUCAAAAUUGAUUCGGUAUUGGGUUGCACAUUGAUUGACAUGUACUGCAAGUGUGGGGAUUUGGACUCUGCUCGCUGCAUCCAUGAUGGAUUAGAACAUGUUGAUGAAUUCUCACUGUCUGCUCUGGUCCAUGGCUACACUGCUUGUGGACAGUUGCAUGAGGCGUUAUGCCUUUUUGACAAGGUGGAGAACCCCAGCGUUGCACUAUGGAAUUCUCUUAUCAGUGGUUGUGUGCCUGCUUACCAUGGAGAUUGGGCUUUUGUUCUUUUCGUAAGGAUGUUGCGGUCAGGCAUGUUGCCUAAUUCUUCAACCUAUGUCAGUGUUCUGAAUAUGUGUGGGUUUUUAGGCAUGCUGAAGCCUGGGCAGCAGACACAUGGGUGUGCUUUAAAGGGUGGGGCUGUCAAUGACUUGCUAGCAGCAAGCUCUCUCAUUGACUUCUACUCAAAAUGCAGCCUCUGGGCAGAUGCCUGCCAAGCUUUUAGUGAGCUUAGGCAUUAUGACACCAUUGUGCUCAAUUCAAUGAUCACUGUAUACUCGAACUGUGGACAGACCGAUGAGGCUAGAAGAGUUUUUAAUAAGAUCCCUAGCAAGAGUGUCAUCUCAUGGAAUUCUAUGAUUGUUGGGUUCAGCCAAAAUGGGCAUGCUCUUGAUGCAAUGGAGCUGUUCUGUGAGAUGCAUCGGCUUGGCUUGCAGCUUGACAAGGUUGCUGUAGCCAGUGUUCUGAGUGCAUCAAGCAGCAUCUGCUCUAUAAGUUUUGGGGAGCAGAUUUUUGGUCUUGCUAUUGCACUUGGCCUGCAGUCUGACCAUAUUGUAGCCUCCUCGCUCAUUGACCUGUACUGCAAAUGUGGCAACUUGGUCAAUGGAUGCAGGAUCUUCGAUGGAAUUGAUAGUCCAGAUGAAGUCUUGUGGAACUCAAUGCUGAUAGGUUAUGCUUCUAAUGGGUAUGGACAGGAGGCACUGGAACUUCUAAAGUUAAUGCAAAGCAGGGGUGUGAAACCAAGUGAACGGACCUUUGUUGGUGUCCUUUCUGCAUGCUGCCAUUCUGGACUUGUGGAAGAGGGUCUGAGAUGGUUUUACCAGAUGAAGGAAGAUUUUGGCGUGAGUCCAUCAGCUGAGCAUUAUGCAUGUGUGACUGACCUGUUAGUCCGUGCAGGUCGACUGGAGGAAGCAGUUGAUUUCAUAGAGAACAUGCCUUUCAAAGCUGAUGCACUUAGUUGGACUUCUAUUAUUGGAGGGUGUAAAGCCCAGGGCAAUGAGGCUCUGUUGCACAAGGUGGCAAAGAAACUGAUGGAAACGGAAGUGUCACCACAUUCCAGUUUGUAUGUGCAGCUGUCAAGCACACUUGCAGCUCAAGGGGAUUGGGCCAAGUCUGCAGAGAUUAGGAGUAUGAUGCGUGACAGAAGAAUUUCAAAAAAUGCUGGCUGCAGUUGGAUUGACAGGGCAUAGAGGAAACUGUCAAUGUCAUCCCCCACAGGCAUCUCGGUCCCUUUUUCUUCUAGGAUCUUCACUAUUGUCUUUGGUUUCUUCAACGGGUUCUUCUGCUAAUCAGGAAUUGUGACCUACUAGCUACUCAACUUUUAGAGGUAUAUCUUCUGUUAUUCUAUCUUCCUGAAAUAGUGUUUAUUAGAAAGGAGAUUAUUAUGAGAUUAAAGAAGCCUUAUUGUUUAGGAGGUGGAGUAUAUAUCUUUUUAUUAGACCUUGUUCUCAACUAUAUAAUCCUGAAAUGACUUUUAAUAAGCAAAGUACAGCUAUCUUAUUGCAUAAUUAGCUAUAGAAAGUAUCCUGAAGGGUUAAGAUUUUCUGACUUCAGCCCUUUGACCAUUGCUGACUAUGCUUUGUCUGUGUUAAUAUAGUGCACUUUGCUUGUCAUACCUUAUUGUAAACUUUUGCACGAUUUAAUUUGUAUAAAGUGAUUUAGUUAUCACAUAUUACUCUGUUUAGGGUGGUCAAUUUGUACAUUUCAUUCUCGAAUUCUAUCAUGAUGUACACUGUUCUUUGUUUCUUUUGGCCUCUUGCACUUGUACAGUUUUUCUUUGUUUCUAUACAUAAUAAUAUAAUACCAGAGAGCGCGGAUUGGGGCCUGUCUUACUGUUUCCACUCAAAAAAAUUGUUUUGUCUAUAGAUUUUAACAAAAGUUACAACUUAGACCACUUCCUUUGCUGCUGAUGCUGACCUUCCUUACACUGAUACUUUUUUUAUUGGCGCUACAUAUUAAUUGUUAUUUGUUAAGGAACCACGGGGGUCCAAUGACCCAAUCACUCGUCUUAGCUCCAUGUUAACUGUAGUUUGGAGCUCAACUUAUGGCAUACUGAAGUUAUUAUGUCUUCAACUGGUUUGUCGAUCCUUGAAACUUCUCCAGCAAGGAAUCCAUUUUUACUGAUAGUGGGUCAUGUGACAGUGACUUCCAUGCCCCAUGGAAGGGCUCUAUGCAGGAAUAUCUGUAGGUCCAGACAACAAAAUAACUUAUUGGACAAGCAUUGGAUGAACAUGGGGGUGGUGCAUCAGGUCAAAUAAUGUGCAGUCAUAGUAUCCUGAGAACUGAGAGGUACUGGUGCACCGAGAGCAUUUGUUCAGUUCUGAGUUGAGCUUUACAAGAAAAUUGGGGCCUUCCAUUGGCACUCAUCCGAAUCCCCCUUGCCAGCAACUCGUGACCGCCACCGCAGCAGCCACUUGACCACUUCCACCUCCGCGGUGGCCUCUGCCUUCUUGGCAUCCACCAUGGGCCCAUGUCUCCUCCACAUCGUCUUCUUCCUCGACAUCCACCUCUUGCAUUAUCUUGGUGAGAAGAACCAUCAACUCCAAGAUCCUCUCUAAGGCCAUUGAGUAUUGCAACAAGCACAUCACGCCACCUCCAAGUUCAUUGAGAUCAGCCACACACUUCGAUCUCAUCAUGGAUUCAUGUUAGAGGAGGAAGAUGAGGGUGAUGAAUUAUUUCUGUUAUUGUCCAUCUGAAAGAAGAAAAACCACAUUGCUCAAUCAUCCCUUCCGGACAAACUUCAGAGUGAUAUUUUUCACUCGAGGUAUUCUGUUCCAGGGCAAUUUCAGUUUCCUUUUUGAGAUCUCAAGGACCAAACUUACUGAAAAGGAUUAGCUUGGUCAGAUAUUAGAUUAUUCUUCAAUUUAACUUUUGCAAGAAUUAGAUUCUUGGGAGAUUUGAAUAUUUUUGUAGAUUUUAGCUAUUUAUCUCACAAUGUUUAUACAGGUCAUGUAACUGAGGUUUUCUUCUUGCAUGACGUGCAUUUUCUGGUUAUUUAUUGAUCUUUUCUAUGGUUU